AUGUCCAACCGCGUCCUUCUAACCGGUGCCAACGGCUUCAUCGCCCAGCAUAUCCUCGCUCAGCUUCUCGAGGCAGGUCACUCAGUCCGCGCCAUCGUCCGUACCCAGCCCUCUGUUGACCAGCUCCGCUCCACCUUUUCUUCUUACCCUCCCUCCAAACUCGACUACGCCUUAGUGCCAGACAUAUGCGUCCCUGGCGCCUUCGACACAGUUCUUGUCUCUGACCCGCCCUUCGAUCUUAUUCUACACACUGCUUCACCCUACAACUUCCGCCAGGGAAAGUCGAAUCUUGACUUUCUUGACCCUGCUAUCAAGGGCACAACAGAAAUCCUCCACGGCGUGCUCCGGAAAGCCCCUGAAGUGAAGAGAGUGGUUAUCACAAGCUCUACGGCCGCUGUGGUCGACAUAUCCAUUCCGCGCAUCACCGAAACGCCCAAGAUCUAUAACGAGAAUGACUGGUGUAAGGUUUCCAGGGAGGAGGCUGAGACUACCGACCAACGGCUUCUGCCAUAUGUUGCUAGCAAAACCUUCGCGGAGAAGGCGGCAUGGCAGUUCCUGGCGGAGAAGCAGCCUAGUUUCGACAUCGUGACGAUCAACCCGCCGCUUGUCUACGGCCCGUUCUACGACUCGUCAGUCUUUAAGAGCCCUCAGGAGGUUAACCAGAGCAACUUCAACUUGUACAACUACUUCCUGAACCCCGAGCUGACAUCCGAAUCGCCGGUACCUCCAGAGGGUCUGCAUCUUUAUGUUGACGUGAGGGAUGCAGCACGGGCGCAUUUGCUAGCUGCGACCACGCCCGAAGCUGGAGGGAACCGGUUCCUGGUUAGUCCUGGUGGCAUCUCGCACCAGAGAAUCGUGAAUAUCCUCCGAGAGGUACUGCCUCAGUUGCAGGGUAGAAUACCCAAGGGUGACCCGGAGAAGACGGACUUGCCGGAGGGGAUCUUUGGCGUGGAUUCGUCGCUGGCGAGGAGAGUUCUGGGAGUGGAGUAUACGAGGGAGGAAGAUACCUUCAAGGACCUUGCACGGCAAUUGUUUGAGAUUGAGCAGCGAGCCCAGACGGCUUAG